AUGUCGACAGAAAUCGAAAUCAAAGGCAAAAAGCGAACUCAUGAUGAAGAUGAUGAAUCUAGUGGAGCUGCUGAAACAACAACAACAGGUUCAAAGAAAAAGGCAACACCAGUAAAAGCAGCAACAUCGACAACAAAAAAUCGACCAACAAAGACUGACGAUGAUGAAUCACGUGGAGAUUCGAAUGAUGAAGAUUCAAAUAGUGUUGAUGUAAAAAAACGAAAUGGUAAACCAAGUUCAACGGAUGCUGGCGCCAGUGGUGAUCUAGAUGAAAGUGGCGAUUAUGAAGAAGAUGAUGAUGAAAAUUCUGAUGAUGAUGAUUAUAAAGGUGAUGGUAGUGAAGGAGAAAGUGGCGAAGAUGCUAGCGAUGUAGUUGCCGGUGAUGACGAUGAGGAAUCGAAAGAUGUCGGUGAUGAUGAUGAAGAAGAAGGCGAUGAAGCAUCUCGAGACCGAGAUAUAUGCGAAAUAAAAAUUGUUACAACAUUAUGGACACCAUGGAAUUAA